AUGCGAUCUUAUGCCACAGAAUCCAGACUAGGAGCCGCCAGGACUCCCCUCAUUCUCGGACCUAGUGCAAUAGUAGUGGGUAUCACCGCUGCAAUCUGCUAUACUCUAUACACCGAUAGCAAGGCGCCAGCAGCAGCAGCAGAAGCGGCGACAGACAAGGUUAAAAGCGCAAGCACAGAGCCGCCCAAAACCUUCACCGGCGGAGAUCAAGGCUUUAUCGACCUGAAGCUUUCCGAGGUAUCAGACAUCAAUCACAAUGUAAAGAGGCUUAGGUUCGAACUGCCUGAUAAGGAUGCCGUGAGCGGCCUUACUGUUGCCUCUGCGCUUAUCACAAAGUACAAGUCGCAAGACAUGGAGAAGCCUGUGAUCAGACCAUAUACACCUAUUAGUGAUGAAGAUGAACGUGGCUACCUUGAUUUACUCAUCAAACGCUAUCCGAACGGCCCAAUGUCGGAACACAUGCACAGCAUGACGCCCGGCCAGCGCCUUGACUUCAAAGGCCCGAUUCCUAAAUAUCAAUGGUCCACGAACAAGCAUAACCAUAUUGCCUUGAUAGCCGGCGGUACUGGCAUCACACCCAUGUUCCAGCUCACGAGACGGAUCUUUAAGGACCCAGCUGAGAAAACCAAAGUGACCCUGGUCUUUGCCAAUGUGGGCGAAGAAGACAUCCUCUUGAAGAAGGAAUUCGAGCGGCUGGAGAAUGAAUACCCAAACAGAUUCCGCGCAUUCUACACUCUUGAUACACCUCCCCAGAGCUGGCCCUACGGGACUGGAUACGUGACUAAGGAGCUGUUGGAGAAGGUCAUUCCAGGUCCCAAAGAAGAGAAUGUGAAAGUCUUCGUCUGUGGACCACCAGGAAUGUAUAAGGCGAUUUCCGGCAUGAAGAAGAGUCCGCAGGACCAGGGCGAACUGAGCGGUAUCCUCAAGGAGCUUGGGUACAGCGAGGAGCAGGUUUACAAGUUUUAA